UCUUUUGGCACACCUUCCAUCCAACAUUCAUGGCAGAGUUUGAAGGGAGCCUUAAUGGCCUCAAGACAUCCCUUACCUUCACUGAAAUAGACUCAAGCAUGGAACUGAUGAGCCACUUCACAGAGAUGAAUGACACUGGCUUCCCCAGUGAUUUCUUGUCACCAUUCUCUGAUAAUCUUUCAGUAUUGUUCCCUGCCGAGAGCUCGAAAACUGUAUUGCCAGUGGAGUCUCAUACCAUUCAUAGUGAUCAUCAUCAGGGGAGCAAGAAGAGGAAGGCAAAGCUAAUGGUAGAGACUAGUUCUAGUAACUCUUCUUCACUUCUUUCAGACUCAAGGUUGACAGCUGAACAGAAGCUUAAAGGAGGAAAGAGUAGCUCUUGCGGAGUUAAAAGGGGGAAAUCAUGCAACUCAAAGGAUGAAGAGAAGCCAAAGGAAGUAGUUCAUGUGAGGGCAAGGAGAGGCCAAGCCACUGAUAGCCAUAGUCUAGCUGAAAGGGUAAGAAGAGAGAAGAUUAAUGAAAGGAUGAAAUGUUUACAAGGCCUAGUUCCUGGCUGUUACAAGGCAAUGGGCAUGGCUAUGAUGCUUGAUGAGAUCAUAAACUAUGUUCAGUCACUGCAGAAUCAGGUUGAGUUCCUUUCCAUGAAGCUUUCGGCCGCGAGCUCUUACUAUGAUUUCAACUCAGAUGCGGAAGCCAUGGCAACAGAACAAGUGCUUCCAAGAUCAGUUGGUAAUGUGCAUGAAGAACAAGUUAUGGAGAGAUUAGCUAGAGAAGGCUAUGGGGGAUGCACUGGCUUCAACUCAACAAUGCCUUUUUGACUCAAGUCUUGGCUGCUAGCCCUCUUUUAUUAUAUCACUGAACCACAUCUUCAUCCCCUAUUUAUCUAGUCCUAAUCCCGUGCAUGUCACACGUGCAAAUGGUUAUAUAACUCUCCAUGCAUGCACAUGUGUGGGCCUUUCUUUCAUUCUCUUUAUCUCUCUCUCUCUCCCUCUAAUGUGAUACUAGCUACCAUAAGCUUAAUCUAUUCAUUUUCUGUUCAUUUAUAUAUGUUUGAUGGUGUAAUAUGUCAA